AAUUUUUAGCUAACUUCAAGCUGUUGUGUUGGAGGCUAGGUUAUGUAUUUGUGUUGAUAAUUUUAAUUAAAAACCGUUCUAAUUUAAUCUAUUCUUAGAGAAAUAGUCUAAGAACCUAUCCUUAGAGAAAGAUUUAUCGUAUUAUUGUCCAACAUGGACGACGGAGAAAGGUCGGCAGAUGAUCAGGGAAACCUUGUACGAUCUGUUGAUUCACACCAUCCAUCCUACAUUCGUGUGACCAAUUUGUGUCCUGAAGCUGUGGAUCUAAUAUGGAUAGAUUAUCAAGGACGUCAUGUCAAGUACACCAAAUUAUCAAACAGGGCUUUCGUUGAUGUGAAUACUUUCGAAACUCAUCCAUGGAUUGCAGUGCACUCCGACAAAAAGGAUAAAGUGCUUAUGAACAAUAAAUUCAUAUACAUGCCAACUCGUUCGAGACCUGUUCCUAAUUUGCCAGCAGAUGCUCCAUUGCAAUUCCUUAGGGUAUCUGUGUCAAUUACUCUUCCUGUGUACAGUUUACGUUACAGAGCGUUAUUAGAAAUAAGAUCGUAUUUAACAACUGUAUCUGAUGUAGAUACAUUAGAUCUUCCAGCAGAAUUGCGAAACGCAUUAAAAGUUACAAUUCUGGAUCGGAUUUCCCUUACACAAAAUCUCUUACAAAGAAUUUGAAAUAAAUUGUGAUAGGUAUCUUGAUUCAUGAGAUGCACCAUAGAUCAUAACAUAUAAUAACCAAACGUAAACAUACACUUGUAAGCGAAAUUGAAGUGCUCAUAUAAUGUUGAUAAAUAAUCAUCGGAGAACUUCAAAUAAUGUACAGUUUAAGUCAUUAUUGCUUGGUAUGCUUGUUUGUUAACAUGCUCUUGUUCUGUUCUAUUAACCCAUAGGAAUGAUCUCUGUUGAUUCAAUCUUGUGUUCAAGUAAUUAGUAAAACGAUACAAUAUUAGAUACCAAAUAUGUAUAUAAAAGUGUUUAUAUUUUUAUAAUUAAAGUUUAUCAUCUAUUA